GUUUAUUUUUAUUAGUUCAGCAGAUUCGAGUUGUGAGGGCAUGGUCAGGACAUAGGAUUGGUGAUAGCUGUCAUUUGUGACUUCAAAAUGAGGAACAUUUCUAAUUCUGUUUUUUGCACAAUUGUGGUUUUUCUAGCCUGUGUAUUCUGCCUCGUCCAGCUCAGCGAUGGUGGCGCCACUAUGCAGAUCCGGUUCCUGACGUACAACAACCCUGGCGGGAAAGGGUCGAACGGCCAUUGUUGUGAUGGAAAGUCCAUUUUCUGUUUUAGUGCAUGUGAUCACAAGUUUACCGUCUGCCUGGACCACUCGUAUAGCAGGUCUUCUGAUCCAUAUUAUUGUCCAAAUGGUAAGAUCCAAACAGAUCGAGUCCAUGAUAGGAAUUACAUCACUUUUGGUACCUGGUUCGGAAAGGAACGGAACCCAAUGGUCUAUAAGUUUCCGAUGUGGCCGGGCUCAGUAAAGCUGAAGGUGCGCAUCGUCGACUACGAUCCGGUUGGUCCGCCAGAUCACGUGGACGAUCUCGCGCGGGUGAUAUCGGUUCGAGCGGCGAAGUCGUUUCAUCACGCGGCGGCAACGGAAUAUGUUGUCAGACAUCGAACAACGCUCAAGUUUUGGGUGAAAGUAUUUUGUGACCCUUACUACUAUGGCGAUGCAUGCACCAUCUAUUGCUCAGAUCGAGACGACGAAUCGGGACAUUUUAAAUGCAAUAUCGAAACUGGAGAAAAGAUAUGCAUUGCAGGUUGGACCGGAGAAGAUUGCAACAUCCCCAUCGACGAGUGCGGUAGUUCUCCUUGUCUUAAUGGGGGCCUAUGUGAAGACAAGCACAAUUCAUACCACUGCAUCUGUCCUCGUGGUUUCCUUGGAAACCACUGCGAAGGAGACUUCAACGAAUGUGGCAGCGACCCAUGCCGAAAUGGAGGAGUGUGUGUGGAUGGGGUGGACAGCUACGAAUGCCUGUGUGACUCUGGUUAUACUGGUACAAAUUGCCAAACCGAGAUUAUGCCUUGUACAUAUUCCCCUUGUCAAAACAACGGAACCUGUAUCAACCUGAACAAAACUCACUCUCAAAACUAUUCCUGUGAUUGCUUGGACGGUUUCAUUGGGUAUGAUUGUGAAGAUGUUUACGUACCAACGACCACCACAACGACUACUGUUGAAACGACAAUACGGAGCACAGCGCCCCCUACGACGGUCAGGAUUACUACACAAAAGACUAUUCCCACGGCUACCAUAGAUGGAAGAGGUAUGCGAACAUAUAUGUUUGCAAUGUCGGUGAUGGUAAAUGGUAGACUCAACGAUUCAGACCUGAAGAUCAUAAAAGAUUGGUUAAUGGCCAAGAUAAUGGAGACAGAGUUGAUGGAUGUCAAGACCAUGCACUUUGGUAUCGAUGUACAAGAAUGUCAUGGAGAAAAAGGUCCUGUUACGGAACUAUACAUCGGUAUAAAGUAUGAUCCAACAGAUCUGACGCCUGACGAAAUCAAAUUCGUCAUGCGUCACGUCGGCAGGUCGCUCAAGACGGAUUUUCCUUACGAUAAAUAUCAAGGAAAGGAAUGCAAAGCAGUUCGGGUAGCCGCCAUCACGACUGAACAUGAUAAGACCUGGUUUGAAAAGAACUGGGCUCUCCUUUUUUCUGCUGUUGGUGGAUCAGUGUUGAUUAUUUUGGUGAUUGUUGGCGUUUUUAUAAGUCGGCGGCGGCGGAGACGUAAGCAGUCAGAGGAGCAGCUAGAGGAGCGCCAUGAAGACACAUCAGAAGAGGUCGAGACAUACGACUCGAUAGAGGAGGACGUUCCACCCCUUCCACCCAGAAAAUACAGCACGGCCGAGCAUAAUGCCACCCAGGCCUUCGGCAACGCCAUCUAUUUCGAUCAGGAGAGUCAACCGUCGACAACGAGCACAGCACGGGAGGGCGAUGUUGAAUCAUUAUAUGAGCGAAUCGAUGAUGAAGAGUGCUAAGAUUGAUGACGUUUGUUUUUUGUUUUUUUACAUCGGUUACAGGUUAUUUGACGACGACUUAUUGGUUGUAUUGACGACAGUCAGGUGUCGACCACCAUCAGCUCCAGGAGACAUUGAAUCUUCAACGACCAAAUCAUUGAUGAAAAGCGCUUAAAUUGAUGUUUCAUGACGUUUUAUGCAUUUUUUUAUGUCGAUCGCUUACAAUUACGCAAACAUUGGAGAAGGGAAAGUUGAUUCCAAAGACCGAAUUGAAUACCCCUCUAUCGAUUAUGAAAAGCGCUAAUAUUGAUGACGUUUAUGGUGUAUAUAGUCCUAAGACAAUUGUGCAAUAUUUUUUAAAGACGAUAUAUGUGGAUAAAUAAAAUGGUGCUCUAUUCAUUGAAUCCAAACCGACUGCCAGUUUGGAUAUGUUCGCUAAGAUUCGCGAAAAUUAACUUGCGAAAUUCGUGAAAAAACCAGAACAUCUUCGUAGUCUUCCAAAAUAAAUAAUGUCAAUGUGUUUUUUUAAAGAAAUUUUCUGGAUUACAGUUAUACAUGUAUUUUUAUCGAUUUACAGUUCGAGUAGGUCUACAUUUUGGAAGUUGUUGGUUGUUAAUAUGUACGAUUACUUUCUACAAAUAUUGCUUAGUUAGUGAGUAAAGCAGCGCUGUUCCCGAGAGCAAGCUUAACAUUCUUUCAAAAGAUUCAAAGUUAACCUCUGAUAUGCAUUACUGUACAUGUACAUGUACGCAUACAUCAUACAUUUUUACAAUUAAAAAUGAAUAUUUUCACCUUCACCUCAACUCAGUGCAGCUUCGUCUCAUAUGAAUUGUGUAUCAGAAGGGGAUUUGCUACCGAAGCACUAAAUGAACACUACACGAAUCAGCAUCCGAGAUACAUGUAUACAGUAUAACUAUGCAGAAGUCCUUAUGCCUACAUUGUAAAUAAAACAUUGUCAAAUAUUUGAUAAAAGUGUCAGAAUAUUUAUUUUGAACUUGAUACCAUGGUGCUAAAGUAUUACGGCUGCCUCACUAAUCAUGACGAAAUAUUCGCAAAAGAAAUUUUCCGUAGAUUAUUUCAAGGCAAUAAAAAAAGGGGAAGUUUGGAGCUAAUUGAUUUAACUAGUAAUUAUUUUCUUUCUUCUAUUGCGGGCGCUAAAAGAUCAAACAUGAAAGCGGGGGGGGGGGGGGUUACACAAAUAAAGAUGUUAUGAUUGUUUUGUUGAAGCAUCGUGGGGGGGGGGGGCUUGCCCUACUGUCUACAUAAAUUGGUGCGUACAGUUUUAAGGUAAAAAAGUUGUAAAAUUGUAAAUAUUCGCUUACAAUGUACCCGGUAAUCAAUAAAAUAAUAUUUCUACACUCAA